AUGUCGUUUGCUUAUUGUGGAGGAUUACCGGUUGCCCUUGAAGUCCUUGGUUCCUCCUUAUAUGAGAGAACAGAAGAAGAAUGGAUAAGUGUACUGUCAAAACUAAAGAGAAUUCCCAAUGAUCAUGUGCAAGAGAAGUUGAGAAUAAGUCAUGAUGGUUUAAAGGAUGACAUGACAAAGGAUAUAUUUCUUGACAUAUGUUGUUUCUUUAUCGGCAAGGACAGAGGUGAUGUUACAGAAAUAUUAAAUGGAUGUGGACUUUAUGCAGGUAUUGGAAUAACUGUUCUUGCAGAGAAGAGCCUUGUAAAAAUUGAAAAGAACAACAAGCUUGGAAUGUAUGAUUUAAUUAGAGACAUGGGAAGAGAAAUUGUUCUGGAAAGUUCAGCAAAAGAGCCUGGGAAGCGAAGUAGGUUGUGGUUCCGUGAGGAUGUACAUGACGUGUUGACAAAAAAUACUGGAACAGAAACUGUUGAGGGAUUGGUUUUGAAGGUGCAAAGAACCAAUAGAGUCAUCUUAAGUACUGAUUCUUUCAAGGAUAUGAAGAAAAUGAGACUUUUAGAACUUGAUCGUGCUGUUCUCACUGGAGAUUAUAGGUAUCUUUCCAAAGAACUAAGGUGGGUCUAUUGGCAAGGAUUUACUUUCAAUUAUAUACCUGACGAAUUUUAUCAGGGAAAUCUAGUUGUUAUUGACGUAAAAUACAGCAGUAUCAAACAAGUGUGGAAGGAAGCCAAGUUGUUGGAUAAACUAAAAAUUCUCAAUGUCAGCUAUUCUAGAUACUUGAAAAAAUCCCCUGAUUUUUCAAAAUUGCCAAAUCUGGAAAAGGUUAUUAUGAAGAAUUGUCCAAGUUUAUCUGAGGUACACCCGUCCAUCGGAGAUCUCAAGAAUAUUCUUCUGAUAAAUUUGAAGGACUGUACUGAUCUUAGAAACCUCCCAAGGAAGAUUUAUCAAUUGAAAACUUUGAAAACUCUCAUACUUUCUGGUUGUUCAAAGAUUGACGAAUUGGAUGAAGACAUAGUGCAGAUGGAAUCCUUGACGACGCUGACUGCAAAAGGUACAUCCGUAAAGCAAGUUCCCUAUUCAAUACUAAGAUUGAAAAGCAUUGGAUAUAUAUUUCUGUGUGGAUAUGAAGGAUUAUCACGUGAUGUAUUUCCUUCUCUCAUUUGGUCUUGGAUGUCACCAACUGUAAACUCCCUCCCCCAUACUUCUCCAUUUGGAGGCAAGUCAUUGUCUUUAGUUUCCUUGGAUGUAGAGAGUAAUAUUAUGGACUAUCAAUCAUCAAUGCUGACCAGCUUGUCGAAACUUAGAAGUGUUUGGGUUCAAUGUCAGUCAGAGAUUCAACUAACUCGAGAAUUGAGAAAGUUUAUUGAUGAUCUAUAUGAUGUAAAAUUUAACGAGUUGGAAACAACAUCACAUGGAUCACAAAUCUCAAAUCUUUCUUUUAGAUCACUUUUGAUUGGAAUGGGAAGUUUCCAAUUAGUAAUUGACACUCUUGGCAAGAGCAUAUCACAGGGAUUGGCAACAAAUUGUCCCAGUAACUUUUGUCUCCCGGAUGACAAUUAUCCUUCUUGGUUAGCCUAUAAAAGUGAAGGAACUUCUGUACUUUUUCAAGUUCCCGAGGAUAGUGAUUGUCACAUGAAAGGGAUAAUCUUAUGUGUUGUUUAUUCAUCAACAAUUGAAAACAUAGUAGCUGAAUGUCUUACCAAUGUCUUGAUUAUUAAUUACUCAAAGUGCACCAUAAAGAUAUACAAGCGAGACACGGUAAUGUCUUUUAAUGAUGAAGAUUGGAAGGGCUUAACAUCAAAUCUAGAGCCUGGUGACAAUGUGGAGAUAUUUGUAGCUUUUGGGCGUGGAUUGUCGGUUAAGGUGACAGCUGCCUAUCUAAUAUAUGACCAUUCAGUUAUUACAGAAACUGAGCCAACUAACAUGAAUAUGGAGCCAUCUCAGGAAGACAAAUUGCAACCAUCACCUAAUGCAAAAAUGGAGCUAUCACCAAAUUUGAGAAGGGAUCCAUCUCAGAAGGUAAAUAAAAACAAAGAUAUCUUUACAAAACUUGCAAAAAGAACGAGACAGUGUUUGUGCUUGAACUAAUGUAGAAGUUUCAACAAAUUUUGAUUUGGCAUACAUUUGUCCUCAUAUGGUACUAUCUUUGUUGUAUGUGUUUUGCAAUAUUUUUCUGGGAGUGAGACUAAUUGUACUAUUUUAUAUACCGAGAGGAGACUUCAUGCCGUUAUUGUUUGUUUCAAUCAAUAUCCUUCAGAAACUCUUGUUAAAAGUUCAGUUCUCUAU